AGCUUCAGGAUGAGUAAUACCUUAUUCCAUGCACAUCCGAGCUAGAAAAGAACCAGAAAGCCUGUGAGAAGGGAAAGAGCAAGACCUCCUUAGGUGGUAGAUGCAUGCAGAGAGCAAGCAGAGAGGUCUUGCUGGAGGAAACCAGACCAUCCCAAGGUCAGGCAAGCGAGCCCAAUGUCAACAAGUUUCCUCGGCAGUGCCCUCCGGGGCACCUUCUUCCUCAUAUUUGGUCUCUGGUGGUCUGUGCGAUACCCGCUGAGGUAUCUCAGGCGGAAAGGCAAUGCUGAGAGUCAGCCGAGCAAUGGGAUCCAGCGUGUGGAAAUCUUCGAAGGGGCAGUCAAGGCUUUCUUUGCUUUAGCAGGAAUAUUGGUCGAGCAGUUUGUUCCCACUGGUCCUCACCUGCAGCUGUACAGCCCCAAGACACACAGCUGGACUGACCUCACCCCCUGGCACUACACCACCGUGUACCUCUUCUUCCUCCUCUCCGGCAUCGUGGACAUCGUCUCGCACUCCCCGCUCAAGCUGCCGCUUGGCUUGGAUCGGCUCUCGCUGUCAGUGGCUCUGUUCAUCGAAGGUUUCCUCUUCUGUUUCCAUGACUACAGUGAUGCGGUGCUGGACCACCACCUCCAUUCCCUGCUGGCCUUGGCUAUCUUUGCUGGUGCCUUUUCUGCCCUCCUAGAGGUUUUCAUCCGAGACCACAUCAUCCUGGAGACCUUCAGGACCAGCUCCUUCCUUCUUCAGGGCUCUUGGCUCUGGCAGAUUGGAUUUGUGCUGUCCCCUCCAUGGGGAGGACCAGGCUGGGACCCAACCAACCGCAGCAACUUCACAUUCCUCACCUUGUGCUUCUGCUGGCACUACGCGGGCGCUCUCAUCAUUUUGGCAGCAAACUCUGCUGCAUCUCGCUGCUGCAACGAGUCCUGCCAGCUGAAAUUUGGGGACAUCGAUGUGGAGCUGGACUGUGGCGUAUGCACCCGCAAAAACAACAAGAGUGGUGCCCUGCUGCCAGAGAGCACCUCGGACGACAAAUGAGGCUGUGGCAAGCUGGAAACUUCUCUUCUGCUGGCUUAGAACUCUUGAGAUGAGGUUUUUAAUCAGUCUUGAUAAACUACAAUGGCACUUGAUGGCAAAGCAUCAGAAGUGGGAGGCAGGACCCUGAUGGUGGAGUGCGGCAGGAGAUAUAAACCCUUUCUGUGCAUCCCUUUGAUGGCAGCAAGAACAAACCAGCUUGUCUGGGAGAGGUGUUUUAAUUUUCCAUGCUGCAGCACAACUGGUUUGCUGGUGGAAUCCAACUGGUGUGGCUGAUUUUAGCUAUUUUUUUGGACAUUCUUGGCUUUGCCUCUGCAGGAGGGAGGCAAACCAGCAGUCAAAACUCCUGGUGCCUGUCGCUCACUCUGGUGUUAAUGGAGGGGGUUUUGUACAAAGCUUAAUGUGCACAGAGCAUACGUGGACACCAAUAAAAUACUUUAAUGAAUC